GGUAUUCCCAUGAAUCUUCAUUAGAUUAAUUAAAUUAUUGCUUUUAUUUUUAGUAGUCAAAUCUAAAUGGCAACACUAUUGCAGAUUAGAAUUAGCUAAUAGCUUACUCUUACUUACUUUCCCUCGCUCUGCUGAGUGCUGACGCUUACUGUAUUUAUAUUAUUUAGAAAAAUAAGAAAUUUAUAAUGUUCUUAUAAUAUAGAAAAAAACAUUUUGUUACUAGUGUGUAGAAAUUUGUAUCUUGAAGAGUGAAAAUGUCUGUUGCCUUUGCACCUCGAGGUAAUCGACCUCAAUUAAGCCCAGCACAAAUCCAAAAAAUGUUGGAUGAAAAUGCACAUUUAAUACAAACAAUUCAAGAAUAUCAAGCUAAAGGUCAGCUCAUGGAAUGCCACCAAUAUCAGCAAGUUUUACAUAGGAAUUUGGUUUAUUUAGCAACAGUAGCGGAUGCCAAUCAGAAUAUUCAAGCUCUUCUACCGCCACCACACCAAUUAGCUGCUGGUAAUGUUCAACAAGGUCCACUAAACCCACCUACAAGUGGAGCUGAAGUCCCAGGAUCACCUCAACAGCCCUACAGGCCACCAUCUGGGGUUUCAUCUACUCCAACUCGACCAACUCAAUCAUAUGGUCAAAGACCAUACCCACAAAAUCAGUAUCAAGGACAGUAUCAAGGUGCUCCAGGUGUCUAUCCACCUCAAGCUAGUUACGGGCCUCCCGGGCAAGGAUAUGGACCGCCUAAUCCAUCGCAACAACCACAGGGUUAUCCUCCCAAUUCAACUUAUGGUCCACCCAUUACUACUUCUCCCAAUAAUUAUCCACCAUCAACACACCCAGGUCCAGGAUAUCCCCAAUCAUCUAGUCAGCAACCUUAUGCUCCUCCACCAGGUAGUCCAGCUGCAGCAGGCUCACCAUAUCCUGUGCGUGGUUCAAGUCAACCGGCAUACACAGGAAAUUCAGGUUAUCCACCUCCCCAAUCUGGUGCUAAUUAUCCGAAUGUUGGUGUCAGUUCUUAUAACUCAACAACAUCUCAACCUCAACCAUAUCAAUCUCAACCUUUUCCAAAUACUACCCCAACUUCUGCAUAUAGCUCAACUCCUAUUUCACAACCUAAUCGUUCCCCACAACCUCCUCCCAGUGGAUACACAUCACAAAACCCAACAAGCACAGGAUAUGGUUCACCAUCUGCUCAAUCACCAACUUAUAAUUCUAGUUCCCAUGGAAAUAAUGUCCCUCCAUCAACUGUAGCAUCAGGUGCUCCGCCCCAAAGUGGUCCCCCAGGGCAACAAUAUCCUCCGGGUGGUCAACCCUCUCCAUAUCCCCCAGCAACACAACCGCCUUAUUCUAAUCCAUCAUCUCAACCUGGAAGUCCUGCUCCCUCGGUAUCAACUGCUCCUCCUCCACAAUCGUCAUAUCCUCAAAACCCUCAAAAUUAUCCCCCUGGAGGUGGUGCUUAUCCUCCUCAUGCCUAUCAACAAGGUUAUCCUCCAGCUCAAUAUCCACCGUCUCCUUAUCCAUAUGCCCGUGCCCCUGCACCUGGAGCACCACCACCUGGAGCUCCACAACCCUAUCCUGGUUAUGGCUUUCAGCCCCCUAAUCAGCAAUAGUCAUAGAUAUUGUAUUAAAAAAAGAAUUGAGAAGUCAAUUGCUAAAAAUCAGUCCUACAAAAAUUGCUCGAUUGUAUUUGGGGAGUAAACUAUCUCAAAGUAAGGAUUUUAAUAAUAUUAUCUAUAAAUGAUUUUCAUGUUAAUAUUAAGAUAGUUUAAGGGAUAAUCAUAAGAUUAAGUAAUAAUAAUUAAGGUACUGUUAGUUGGUUUUUAUAGUAUUCAAAUUUUGGCCUUUUUUCUAAUAAGAAGAAAGUACAGUUAUAGGUAUAAUUGAAUGGAUUUAAGUAGUCUUU